ACUAAAUAAAAUAGAAGAAGAAGACAAAAAUUCAAAUUUUAACCUUAAUUAAUCAAUGUAAACAAAUUUUAAUCUGAUUUUAGAUUUUUGAAAUUUUAUUUUAUAUUUUUAUCAUGAUUUUAUAUUUUAAAAAGAACUAAAUGAAUUGAAUAUAUUGAAAUAUUGCUGGCUAAUAUACAAUAGGUAUUAUUCAAGAAAUGCAAUGAGUUCACAAAGUAAUAGUAUUCCACAUUCUAUUUCUGCCUUACCUCAGGCAAUAAGAAUUGUUAAUUUAGACUCAUAUAUGGCUAGUCCCAUUCCAGGAUUAGAUGUAGUAUACUCAGAAUUUAGAGGAUAUCUUGUUAAUCAAGUACCUGUUUUAAGAUUAUUUGGAUCUAUCCCCACAGGUGAAAAAAUUUGUGUACAUAUUCAUGGAGUCUUUCCCUACAUUUAUAUUCCUCAUGAUGGUUCCCAAGAUGCAAAUAGUUUAAUGUAUAAAAUAGCAGCUUCUAUUGAUAAGGCAGUCAACAUAACAUUAAAUCAAGCUAAUUCAACAAUGCAACAUGUUUACAAAAUUUCUUUAGUAUCAGGAAUACCAAUGUAUGGAUACCAUUCAAAAGAACAUCAGUUUUUCAAAAUUUAUCUGUACAAUCCGUUGCUCGUAAGAAAAGUUACCAGUUUGGUAAUGAAUCAAAGUACACUGGGCAAUAUAUAUCAAGCCCACGAAGCCCACCUAAAUUUUACUUUACAAUUUAUGAUGGAUUAUAAUUUGCAUGGUAUGAGUAACAUGAAUCUUUCCAAAUUAAAGUACAGACGAGGGCUUGAUGCAAACAGUGAUCAAGUUGUUAUUAGUCCGGAGUUAUAUCUUUCAGAAAGUGUGAAAAGAAUAACUGUUUGUGAAUUAGAAGGUGAUUGUUUUGCGGAAGAUAUACUAAAUAGAUUAGAAAUAGCGUCUGGUAAAAUAGCAGCAAAUCCUGGAAUAUCAGCCAUAUGGGAAGAUGAAAAACAAAGACGUCGAAAUAACGGAAUGAGUUCACAAAUAGACCAUUUAUUGGAAUUGCAACAUGUUAAUCUUCCACCAACCAAAUCCCAUUUAAUAUACAAACAAGCUUUAGGAGACAGAUUAGCUGUAUUUUCUUCAGAAAAAAAUGUAGUGGAUAAGCUAAAUGCUUCAGUAUAUCCUGCGGAAACUCAAAGUUCCAGUAAUAUUAAAAGUGCAUCAAUGGUGGAAUCUCAAACACCGUCUAGCUUAGAAGACACAUCUAUAUCUUCUUCUAGUGGUUUAGAUGACACGCUGGUACCUAAAGAUACGACCAUGUUAAACGUAAGUCUAGAUGAAGAAGCUCAACAGCUAUAUAAUGUUUUAAAUCAACUAGGACCAGAAAGUUCUAUGAAAGAUAAAAGUGCGUCAGUGAUCGAAUCGCAGAUACCCUUUUGUUUAAGUGAGACCUCUGUAUCUUCUAAUGAUUUAGAUGAGACAAUAAUACCUAAAGAUCCAACCAAAUUAAACAUAAGUCUAGACGAGGAAGCUAACGAACUAUAUAAGGUUUUAAAUGAAUUAGGUGAAAAUGUUAAAGAAUUGGAAGAUGAUUCCAUUUUAACUCCAGUAUCUCACAAAAAUGAAGACGAUGAGGAUGAAAAUGAAUUAGAUUUUAGUUUAUCUUUGGAAUGUGCCACAACUCCUAUAAAAGUUAUACCAGAAAAACGGGAAAGCGAAGGAAGUGAUGAUGAUUUGUGGAAUACCACACUCGUUCCACAAUUAGACGGUGGAUACGAUGGAGAAGAUGAUCCAGACGAAUGUACCGCGAGUAAACCUCACUCCCUACACUUUAGAAAAGAUAGUUUAGUUUUGGAUGAAGUCAAGUGCCUUAAAAGCCGUAAAGUGGUUGAUGGUGUUUUCUAUAACGACUGUGAUAAAAAUGUUAUUGGAAAUACUUGUGAUAUAGGAGGAGAACAGGAUUUAAACCCUGGAAUUAAAAGUCAAACUUUUCCAGAUAUCAAGAAUAGACGAAAACGAAGAUAUUCAUGUAUUUCGAACAAGCAUGUGGAUCUUCCUUAUUUUCUAGAUGGAAAUUACGACAGUGAGUCUUCAGAAGAAGAAAAAGAGAAAUCUAUAUCUGAUCGAAGAAGUAAAACACCUAAAAUACAUUCUAGGUAUAAAGCAUUACCAAUAUCUGUUCAAAAAUCCCCAAAAUCUGUAAUAAAAAGUUCUAAAUUAGCUAUCCAUAAACCGGAAAUAAAAAUAGAAAAGGAUCAAAAGACACCUCGUUCAAUAUCUAAAAGAAGACAAAGGUCAGCAUCAGAUAUUACUGUAAAACGCCAACUAUUUGAUCAGGAAUCAACAUUGGAUCUACAUUCAACAAUUGUUGAAGAAAAACUAGUUUGUACCUACUUAAAAAACGAAAAUGUUUCAACAAAAAAUAUUCCAACUCCUGUAGAAGAGAACUCUACAAAAGAUUCAAUUCAUGACGACUCUAGUAAGGAUUCUACUUCAAAUUCGAGUACAAUUUUCAGUACAGAUAAUGAUGAACACGAGAAAUCUUUUUUCAAUACAGAAAUAAAGAACAUGCCAAAAUUAAUACCUUCUGAAAUAUAUGAUAGAGAAACAAAUUUCGUUGCUAGGGAAGGAUGUUCAAAGUAUUUAACGCCAUAUUCUUCUCAAAAAUGUUCUCAAGAAAAAUAUAAUUCCUCAGGAAGCUCCAGUUCUGAUUUGUUAACACCAUAUCAACAGAUUCAGAAACAUUCAUAUAAUUUAAAUACUAUAAUUGAAGAAGAUGCACUAAAACCGGAAAUUAACAUGGAAUCUACACCAGAAAAUAGUAAAUUAAAUAUCGAAACAGAGGAAAAAACUUUGCUAAAUAAUUCUGAAAUAGUAUUGAUUACUCCAAAAAUUAGACCACCUAAUAAAACUGAGGUUUUUAAUUCCUUAGAUUUGUACAAAAUUCCUCAUGUCAAGACUGAUGAACCGUUUUACAGUAAUGCCGAAGAUGUAACAGCAAGUGUGGAAGUUGGAUUUAAUGUAUUAAAGGUUAACAGUAAGGCUGCUAUUCACUUACCGGAAUUUGAAACAGCAACUGAUAGUUUAAAUAUCCUUAGGAAGUGUGAACUAGAACAAUUACCGUCCAAUGUAAAGUUAAAUAAAGCAAAUAUGAAUAGUGUGAUACUUAGUCAUUGUAAAAAUACGCAUUGUGUAAUAACACCAGUCCAGAAACCGCCCAGUUUAAAAUUCAUUAAGGAUUGGAUCGAACAAAAGUCUAAACAGUCUUGUGUAACAGAAAAUCGCAAGCAAAAAGUUAAGAUUUAUGUACCGUUAAGCCCUGGAGCAAAUAGUGACAACGAAAUGGAUUUAACAUUGACUUUAUCUCCUGUAACGCCGAAAAAUUCAACAUCUAGUCAAAGUAGUGCAAGUAGCACCCUCAAAUCGUCAAAACCUUCAGAUAAAACUAGUCCUACAUUUAGAGAAAAUUACAAAAAGAGAAGGAAAGAAAUUAGAAAUCGGGUUCUUACAAGAUCCGUCAGAAAGUCUUUGUCACUGACCGAGGAAACAUCGGUAAAUUAUUCAGGUCAAAUAACGGGUAUCAAUGUAGAUAACAGUAUAAAUAAUUCGGCACAAAAUUUGCAAAAUGCAAGAGCAGUAAUCGAACACCAAAACCUGACGGUGAUGGUUAUGGAAUUGCAUAUUCGUACUAGAGGUGAUUACAAACCAGAUCCAGCUUAUGACUCUAUAAGAGCCAUAUUUUAUUCAAUAUUACACGACAUACCUGAGCCUAGACUAAAGGAACGCCAAUGUAAAGGCAUCGUUGCUAUUAACAACAUUAUAACAAGUCCUACGAGUAGUAAAAUACCAGUUUUAGAUGGUGUAGGUUAUAACUGUGCCUUAACGUAUGUAGAUUCAGAAGAAAAUUUAAUAAAAGAAUUUUUAAAAAUAAUUGAAUAUUGGGACCCGGAUAUCUUUGCGGGCUACGAAUUAGAAUUGUUGUCCUGGGGUUAUCUAAUUGAAAGAGGAUAUACGCUAAAUAUGAACCUUAAACCGGUUUUGGGCAGAACAAGAGAUAAUUAUACAAAACCAAGACACGAUGAAUAUGAACAGUCUGAACUUCGAUUGAUAGGAAGAAUUGUUUUAGACGUUUGGAGACUUAUGAGAUACGAAAUUGCUUUACAAAGUUAUACUUUCGAAUCUAUAUCUUACCAUAUUCUACACAAAAGAUUUCCUUACUAUUCCUUCAAAGACCUAUCUUUUUGGUGGGAGCACAGGACGCAGUUAUAUAGACAUAAAACUGUGAAGUAUUAUUUAACAAAGGUGGUUAUGAUUUUGGAGUUGUUCGAUAAAUUGGAUUUUUUGGGAAGAACAAGUGAAUUGGCAAGGUUAUUUGGCAUACAGUUUUAUGAAGUUUUAUCCAGAGGUAGCCAAUUUCGAGUUGAGUCUAUGAUGCUAAGACUGGCAAAACCCUUAAAUUUUAUAGCAGUAUCUCCCAGUGUGCAACAAAGGGCACAUAUGAAAGCUCCAGAGUAUAUAGCGUUGGUUAUGGAACCCGAAUCAAAACUUUAUACUGAUCCAGUAAUAGUUUUGGAUUUCCAAAGCCUUUAUCCAUCAAUAAUUAUUGCUUAUAAUUACUGUUUUACUACAUGUCUAGGGCGAGUGGAGAGUCUUGGGAAAAGUGGACCUUUUACGUUUGGUGCUACACAGUUAAAAGUUUCUCGAAGUCGUUUAAAAAAACUACUAGAAAGGAACCAAAUAAAUUUUUCACCCUGUGGAGCAGCAUUUGUUAAAAAAGAAGUAAGAGACGGUGUUAUGCCAAGAAUGUUGCGUGAAAUAUUAGAUACCAGGUUAAUGGUAAAGAAUGCGAUGAAAGAGAACAAAGAAGAUAAAAUUUUACAGAAGGUUCUGCAUAAUCGUCAGCUAGGGUUAAAGCUGAUUGCUAACGUUACUUACGGGUACACUGCUGCCAACUUUAGCGGAAGAAUGCCUGCUGUAGAACUUGGAGACAGCGUAGUCAGUAAAGGUAGAGAGACACUACAACGAGCGAUAGAAAUGGUAGAAAGCACCACAGAAUGGGGCGCACGAGUUGUUUAUGGAGAUACUGAUUCUUUAUUUGUUAUGGUACCCGGAAGGACGAAGGAGCAUGCUUUCGAAAUUGGAAAAAAGAUCGCAGAUGCUGUCACUAACGAUAAUCCAGAUCCAAUAAAAUUAAAGCUGGAAAAAGUAUACCAGCCUUGUAUAUUGCAGACAAAGAAACGCUAUGUUGGUUAUAUGUAUGAAAGUCCUGAUCAGAAAGAACCUGAGUAUCAAGCAAAAGGUAUUGAAACGGUUAGACGAGAUGGUUGUCCUGCUGUUAGUAAGAUGUUAGAAAAAUGCUUACGAAUUCUUUUUGAAACCAAAGACGUCAGCUUGGUGAAAAACUACGUUUUAAAACAAUUUAACAAAAUAAUCGCUGGUAGAGUGAGUAUACAGGAUUUAACGUUUGCCAAAGAAUAUAGAGGAGCUGCCGGAUAUCGAUCUGGAGCUUGCGUUCCUGCUUUAGAACUAACUCGAAAAUGGACUGCUGUAGAUAGGAGAAACGAACCCAGAAGCGGAGAGCGUGUACCUUACGUAAUAAUCAACGGACCUCCAGGACUACCUUUAAUACGUUUAGUACGAAGCUCUAGAGAUCUAAUCAACGAUAUUUCUUUAAAACCCAAUGCACAAUAUUAUAUUACAAGGGUUAUAAUACCAGCUAUCAAUAGGUGUUUUAAUUUACUUGGUGUAGACCUUAAUAUUUGGUUUAAUCAAAUGCCGCGAAAAAAGACUCAGUAUUUACCUGGUUCUACUACACCAAAGAAAAAAAGUACUAUAUCACAGUAUUUUUCUACAUCUAACUGCGUUUCAUGUGAAGAACAGACACAAACUGGUAUAUGUGAACAGUGUCAGGCUCGACCGCAAACUACAAUGGUCACUCUUAUGGAAAAAAUGAGAAAUUGGGAAAAGAACUCCCAAAAUAUUCUAAUGGUUUGCCAAAGUUGUACAUCAUCCCCAAUGGAAGUCAAGUGCAUAUCAUUAGAUUGUCCUGUUUAUUACAGAAGAAUUCAAACAAGUAGAGAUGAACAGCAAACGACUUAUAUACGACAAUUAUUAGCUUCUAUUGAAUUUUGAUUAACGUUAAUCAAAUUUAGAUAUAUAAUAAUAGGGAAAAUUCUGCGUAAAAUGUUAAAAGAUAUAUUUUGGUUGUAGGUAGAUAACUUUGUAAUAUUCCUUUAUUUUUAUUUAAUACUUACAUUAUACAAUAUCAACAAGUAUACAUUUAACCAAUCUACGAAUUAUUUUUAAAAAAUUUGUAGAGAUGUGUAAUACUAUGUUGAACGGCACUUUAGUGUUAACAUUUUAGUGUAUCAAACUUAUUGUACGUUUAAACCGUUUCAACAUAGCAUUACAUCUGAAAAUAUUUUGUUACAGCAGAAGCACAGAUUACGUAAACAUACAUUAGUCAUAUAUCAAUCUUUAUCAUCUUGUUUGUGUCUGUCAAUUUGUCACUUCACCCUUACAUUUUCGAUUAAUAGUAAUAAAUUACAAUAUUAUAAUUUUAAAGUCUGAUCAUCCCUGACCGCUGACUAUUUAGCAAGCUCCAGUUAGAGUAGAGCAGGGUGCAUACUGAGCGUUGACAACGUCCAGAAAGAAGUCUAUCUUUUCUGGCAGAACCAAUGCCCCUACGAGUCCGUCUCCAGAUGAGGGUUGUACGCUAGCGAACGCAGGUAGAAAUAAGUUUCCACCUCGUAAGUGGGACAAGUUAUCGCCGAAGAUACUAGUCCUCUACCAGUCGUCUCCAAAGUGAGCACGUCCAGCUUGGGGUUAGACGUACAUGAGCUGACGGAUGUCCCACAGAGAUUAUGUAGAAUGAGUGUAGAGUGGUCUCACGAGAAAAGUAAAAUCAUAUUUUUAUCACCAGGUUGCGCUAAAUGUGUACAACUUACUUGUUAUAGCAAGUUAUAGCACUACAACAGUGUACAGUACAGUACGUGCAGUACAGUGUUGAUGGAGUUCUAAUAUUUCCUGAAAAAAAAAAAAUAUAAAUCUUUCCAAAUAUUGCGUAUUCGUUCCAAAUCAUUAACCAAAAUUUUCAGAAGAUUGAUAGUUAAUCAUUUUUUAUGAUUUGGAUUUUGUUUCGAUGGAAACUCAAGGUAUACUAUAAAAAACCCAAAAAUAUAUUUCUAUAUUUACGUAAUUUACUGUAAUUAAUAUUUUUGAUUUUAAAAAAAUCAUUCCUUAGGCUUUUUACAUACAAUUUUUAUUUGAUAUUUUAUUUAUAUAAAGAUAGGCUUACUUAAGAUAUUUAAAAUUAUAUACAUAAAUCAAUGAAAGUAUUUUUUUACAAUCAAUAUACAUAAGAAAUGUUUUAUAUUGUUUAUAACAUUAAUAAUAUUUAUUAAUA